AUGGCGCCGGCGGCCUUGUUGUUGACGCGAGUGGCGGCGGCGACGGUGGCCGUGGCGUGCGUGCUCUCGCUCGGUGCCAUGGCGCAGCUGUCGCCGACGUUCUACGACGCGAGCUGCCCCAACCUGCAGACCAUCGUGCGCUCCGGGAUGGCCGCCGCCGUGCAGCAGGAGCCGCGGAUGGGGGCCUCCAUCCUCCGCCUCUUCUUCCACGACUGCUUCGUCCAGGGCUGCGACGCCUCGAUUCUUCUGGACGACGUGCCGGGCAGCUUCGUCGGCGAGAAAAACGCUGGCCCCAAUGCCAACUCCGUCCUCGGCUACGACGUCAUCAACAACAUUAAGACGGCCGUCGAGGCCAACUGCCCCGGCAUCGUCUCCUGCGCCGACAUCGUCGCCCUCGCCGUGCGGGACGGCGUCAACCUGCUCGGUGGACCAACCUGGAACGUGUCUCUCGGCCGGCGCGCCUCGACGACGGCGAGCCAGAGCCAAGCGAACAGCGACCUCCCCUCGCCGGCGUCCAGCCUCACCACGCUCAUCGCGGUGUUCGCGAACAAGGGCCUGAGCGCGACGGACAUGACGGCGCUCUCCGGCGCGCACAGCAUCGGCUUCGCGCAGUGCAAGAACUACCGUAGCCACAUCUACAACGACACCAACAUCAACAAGCAGUUCGUCAAUACGCUCAGGAGCAACUGCUCGGCCACGCCGGGCGCAAGCGACACCAACCUCGCGCCGCUCGACACGACGACGCAGCUCACCUUCGACAACGCCUACUUCGGGAACCUGGUCAAGAAGAAGGGCCUGCUGCACUUGGAACAGGAGCUCUUCAACGGCGGCUCGCAGGACGCGCUGGUGCAGCAGUACAGCACCAGCCCGACGCUCUUCGCCUCAGACUUCGUCACCGCUAUGAUCAAGAUGGGGAACAUCAGCCCGCUCACCGGAACCGCCGGCCAGAUCAGGGCCAACUGCGGGAAGGUUAACUAA